AUGGCCACAGUAGUCACUGGUCACCCAACCGAUGAUGUCAAACACGUACUCCCAGUUUCGCCUGCGAGCUCGUCGAUAAUGGCGCCUCAAGACCGGCAAACGACAUCACCACCCGAGCUGAAGCCAGGCUACGACGGCGAGAGGGGUCGCCGGCGUAGUAGGUCCGUGGAGAAUGAGAGUGAAGAACAGGGUGCCGACGGCGAAGGAAACCAAGCCCACUCUUCGAAUUCUGAUGGGCCGACACGGAAGCGACGGCGGAGUCGUAAAGGUCUGGAUAAAAAAUUCGAAUGUCCUCAUGAGGGUUGCGGAAAGAGCUAUUCGAGGGCUGAGCAUUUGUAUCGACACCAACUGAACCAUAAUCCGAAGCAGAUCUAUCAUUGCGACUAUCCGGAUUGUAAACGAACCUUUGUUAGGCUUGACCUGUGUAACCGCCACAAGGAUCGCCACACAGCCAAGGGUUCUUCACUGAAUCGGAAAGACUCCAUUGCGCGCUCCUCGCCUGCCGCAGAUCGUGGGCCCCAGUAUGGACCCGCGGGUUCUGCUUCUCCCGAAGUGAGCCGGCCCGGCCCCGGCUUCCCUACGGCUAUACGGACCGCACCUCUCCCCUACCAGUCUCCGAAGGAUCACAUCGCGAGUCCCUACAGCCCCGUUGCGCACACACCUCCCGCCGUGUUCGCUAACGGUGUUGAUACCUACAUUCCCCAGGAUGGAGGAUACGGCGCCCCCACUUCGCGGCGCUCUUCAUUCCAUGCCGGAAACACUCCUCGGCCAACCGUGCAGACCAACGUUAACUCGUAUGGCGUUCUCUCUCCGGUGUCUACACAGCACGGCUUCCAUAGCCAACAAACUACAACCCCGCAAUCGGUUGCCUACGUUCCCCAGCAAAACUUCCCUCCUUUCAAACUCCCACCCUCCAACUUUGCCGAUAACGCCGCUCGAGAACAAGAGCAACAAUACCCACCCGCCACAUCUGCUGAGUAUACUGAGAACGGGCAGCAGCCGGCCGAGCUGAUGAUGCUAGACUCGAUGUCUGCCACCCAAGCGCUUCCCGUGUUCGGAAAUGAUAGCAUCGAGAACAAAUCCCCUCAUUUCCUCCCCGACGACAUUCUCGCAUAUCUCUUGAAUCACCAGACGGAACCCAACCCAGCCUUCAACCAAAUGGGAGGAGGGUACGCUCAAAGCUACUUUGAGAAUACGCCCAAUUACGGGAGCAUCGCAUAUCUGGGCCCCCAAUGGGCGUCUAUGGGUUAUUUCCCGGCCGCCUCCCAACAGGUCAUGGCAGUCUCAAGCAUCCUGGAUCAGAACCUACCUGAGGCAACGAUUUCUGAUGAGAAGAGCAACGAAAUAUACGAGUUCAUCAGGGACCGGUUCAAUGAGAAUGGUCGUGCACCAGUGGAGAGACAACGCGACAGCAUCCUCGAAGGCGACCGAAUGCAGGACGACCAUAUGCUGAGCAAGCGGAUGAUGCAAGCCUACAUCGGAUCCUACUGGCUUCAUUUCAGCGACCAAAUUCCCAUUCUUCACAAGCCGACUUUCUCUCCCGAUAGGACACCUAAUCUCUUGCUUAUAUCGAUGAUGACGAUCGGAGCGGCUUGCCUCGAUAAGACGCACGGAACCGAAGUUACGCAGGCGGGGUCUAAGCUGUCGAACUUCCUUGCCUGGCAUAUCAGAUGGGAGAUUUUCAUGGAUCCCAACUUUAGGCCGCCAGCCAAACUUUGGGUCUUCCAGUCGCUGUUGUUGCUCGAGGUUUACGAGAAAAUGUAUUCGACGCGCGAACUGCACGAGCGAGCGCAUAUCCAUCAUGCAACUACUAUCACACUAAUGCGUCGUGGGCGCUCACUUAUCGGGAAGUCCGCUCUCGAUUCUCCGCCCAACCCGGUGGAUCAGAGGUCCGGGGGAGGGACAAACGGAUCUCGUCAAUCGUCAGCGUCAGGGGUGGCCACUCCGAAUGAAUGGUGGAACCACUGGAUCACCAAUGAGGCAACUCGGCGGGCGGCAUUUGCGGCCUUUGUCAUCGACUCGAUCCAUGCGACAAUGUUCGGUCAUUCCACGGUGAUGGUGGCGCAUGAGAUGAGGCUACCGCUUCCAUGCGACGAGGGGCUUUGGAAAGCAACGAGCAGCGCCGAGGUGGGCCGGAUCGAGAAUAAUUUACUAUCCAACAACAUAAAACCAAUAUCGUUCCUUGAGGGACUGAAACGUACGCUCAGCGGCGAGGAAGUGAGGACAAACUCGUUUGGACGUACUGUUCUCAUGGCCGGGUUACUGAGUGUGACGUGGCAUAUGAACCAGCGGGACCUCCAAGUGAACGUACUGGGAGGCGGUGUAUCGCAAGCGCUUGGUGGUCGUGACAAAUGGAGGGGAACGCUGAACAGGGCCUUUGACAGCUGGAAGAACGACUAUGACAAGGCGCUCCGGCUGGACGAUAACCUCAACGACCCUUACCGGUACGAAAUAGGUAGGCGAGACGACAGCGUCGCGAACGAGAAUAGGGUUGUUUUACACCACCUAGCACACAUGGCGAUGCACGUGGACGUUAUCGAUUGCCAGAUUUUCGCCAGAGCCAAACGCCUCCUCGGACGGACAAUUGGUCCGCAGGACCUCAAUAGCGCCCAGAGGAGAAUGAAGGAGCUUUGGGCGCCGUCGGCCAAGGCAAGAGACGCCAUGUUCUAUGCGCUUAAGUUCCUCUGUUCAGUUCUCAUGCCGGAAGCCAUUGGUGGCAGCCCGCAUGGUCCGGAACCUUAUUCGGCGAGAGACGACGUUUUACUGGAUCGGCCGUGGGUCCUAUACUUUGCUGCAUUAGUUGUAUGGUGCUACGGGUUCGCCACGGAAGGUGCGUGCCCGACGGCGCCUCAGCCCAGCAGUCGGGCAGAGAAGCUGCGACUCACGCAAGAAUACCUGCUCAAGUUCGGGGGCAUCCAGUCACCCGACGAUCUUAGGAUGGCCAAGGGCAUCAACCAUAACACGGGGUUGUUGAUGAUGCUCAAGGAUACCUUUCAAGGGACGAGGUGGGAGCUGCUCCACGAAGGAGCGAACCUCCUCAAUAACUGCAUCAAUCUCAACGCAGGCAGAUCAGUUCCGUGA